CUCUCUCUCAAUUAAUAUUAGUAUUAUUUGUGGUUACAAAGCCCAGCUGAAAUGGUAUAUGAAAAUCAGGAAAACUGUAAGAAAAAGUAACUAUAAAUCUAUAUCUUAAAAUAGAUCGAUACAUAGAUAGAUUUAGUAGAUAGAAUACCUUUUUCUUGUGAUGUAUGGAUGAACGUAUGUAUGUAUGUAUGGUAAUUAACAAAUCACACACUGGUAGCUAGAGGAGAAGCAUCAUAACAUCAAUAACAACAACCUCUUCAUUCAACCUGGCUUCUCAUUAGCAACAACAACAAACAGGAAGAGAAGAGAGGACAGACAGAGAGAGAAAGAAAAAAGGGGUGAAGAAGAAAGAAAAAGAAGUCUUUGGAUUCAUAAUUAUUAAUAUUCUCUCUGCUGCUAGAUAGUAUAUAACUUCUCCUACUCAUCAUCAUAAUGUUUUGAUAUAUCUAUCAAUCAAACUGCUGUUGUACUUCUUCUUUUGUUUCUCUUUUUUUUUUAAACUUUUGGUUUUAAGCGAGAAGAAGUUUAUUUUAGAAAAACACGAUCAACAACAUCAGGGGAAAGUUUAAUAGCGGCAGCUAGCUCUCUAUACUACUAGCUAGAGAUUCAAAACGCAUAGACAGCCGCAAAUUAAAUAUUUGCAGAGAAUUUUCCAUCAACUCUUCUGAAGAAAUUUGAGAUUUCAUGUGGGGUAGCAAUAUAUUUUGGUUCAAGUGUAGUUGUUGAGAAGAAUAUAUAGAGAAAGAUUAGAAUAGAAAACCAGAAGGUGGAAAAUUAAGCUAAGAAAAUGGCCGCAGCUUCUUCAUCAUCCUUAUUUGGAAUUAGAGAAGAAGAUCAAAACCAAAUGAUGAAACAACAACAGCAACAACAGUCAUCAACACCAACAUCAUCAACAGCUCCAGUAACUGCACCUGCUCAGAAGAAAAAGAGGAAUCUCCCAGGAACACCAAAUCCAGAUGCAGAAGUGAUAGCACUAUCUCCCAAGACUCUAAUGGCCACAAACAGAUUCAUAUGUGAGGUAUGCAACAAAGGAUUUCAAAGAGAGCAAAAUUUACAGUUACACAGAAGAGGACAUAAUUUGCCUUGGAAGCUAAAACAAAAGACAACAAAAGAAGUGAAGAGAAGAGUCUACUUAUGUCCUGAAGUAACAUGCGUCCAUCACGAUCCUUCUAGGGCACUUGGUGAUCUUACUGGUAUCAAGAAACAUUUUUGUAGAAAACAUGGUGAAAAAAAAUGGAAGUGUGAUAAGUGCUCUAAGAGAUAUGCUGUUCAAUCUGAUUGGAAAGCUCACUCCAAGACUUGUGGUACUAGAGAAUAUAGAUGUGAUUGUGGCACUCUCUUCUCAAGGCGUGAUAGCUUUAUAACCCAUAGAGCUUUCUGUGAUGCUUUAGCUCAAGAAAGUGCACGGCUUCCUACCGGCUUAAGCACCAUGGGAAGUCAUUUAUACGGAAGUAACAGCAACAUGGGAUUAGGUUUAUCUCAAGUUGGUUCCCAGCUGUCCUCACUGCAAGACCAAAGUCAACUAUCUACUGAUCUUUUACGACUGGGGGGUGCAGGAGGUACACAAUUUGAUCAUCUUAUGCCUCCUUCGGCUCCUUCACCAUUUCGAUCAUCACAAACUGCACCAUCAUCCGCCUUUUUCCUUCCAAACUCAAACCAAGAAUUUCAUGAUCACCAAGAACCUCCAUCGCACCACGGGUUAUUACAAAAUAAACCAUUUCAUGGUUUGAUGCAGCUUCCUGAACUUCAAAACCCUACUGCAAAUAAUUCUCCAUCUGCUGCCGUGGCUGCCGCUGCUAACCUGUUUAACCUUAGUUUCUUCUCAAAUAGCAGCACUACGAGCAGUAAUGCUAACAAUGGUAACAACAUUUCCUCUUCUAGUCUUUUAUUACCGGACCAAUUCAACAAUGGAAAUCCUGGUGGUGAUCAAGGAAAUAUGUUUUCGGGUAACAUUAUGGGUGAUCAAAACAUAGGUUCAAAUGUUUCUUCUCUCUACAAUGGUUCUGCUCAAAAUGACACAGCUAUUCCUCAAAUGUCUGCUACUGCAUUACUCCAAAAAGCUGCUCAAAUGGGUUCAACUACAAGUGGCAAUAAUGCAAUGUUAAGAGGUUUUGGUAGUUCUUCGUCAACAAGUGCAAGGCCAUCAGAUAAUAGAGCACAUCUGUCUACCAAUUUUCGAGGUAGCUUUGGUGGUAAUGGCAGUGGUGGUUCUGGUGGUGGAGGUGGGGAGAGUUUAAGAUCACAGAUUGAAAAUGAGAAUCAUCUUCAGGACUUGAUGAAUUCUCUCGCAAAUGGAAAUUCUUCCAUAUUUGGUGGUGGGUCAUCAGGAGGAACUAACACGUUUGGUGGUAAUAAUAAUACUGGUGGUCAAGAGUCAAACUUUGGCGGAUUUAACUCGAAUCGGGUUACAUUGGAACAGCAACAACAACAACAUCAUCAACAUGGUAGCUCAAAUUUGUCUAGCAUGGAUGACCCGAAACUGCAUCAAAAUCUUACGGCGAGUAUGGGCGGUUCAGAUAGAUUAACGAGAGAUUUUCUCGGUGUUGGUGGCGGGAUGGUGAGAAGUAUGGGUGGUGGAAUAUCUCAAAGAGAUCAACAACAACAGCAGCAGCAGCAACAACAUCAUAAUAGUGAUCUCAGUUCCUUGAAUUCAGAAAUGAAAUCUGGGUCAGCAAAUCGAUCUUUCGGAGGAGGGAAUUUGCAGUAAAGAUGAAUUUUGAUUAAGUAGUUGCGGAGGAAAGAAGUGUAGGUAUGUUGCUCAACUAGGUGAUUUUUCUAGACAGAGUUGUGAUGUGGUUCUUCUUUAGUUUUAUUAGGAUUUGUAGCUUAAUUAUUAAUCAAGGGUUUGGAUAAGAAUCUCCUCUCUUUUUUCCAGUUUUUUUUUUUUUAAAUUGUGUUUCCUUUUGCUGUAGAUGUUUUGGUUUUUAAAAUAGAAAACCAUAGACUCAUAUAUACUUGUUGGUUUCUGUUUUCCGAGUAUUAAUUUUCCUAUGUUCUA